CUAAGAAAUAAUUUCUACCACUUCUUCUCCUCCCCUCUCUGCUGCAGGUUUUGGUGAGAUAUUAAAGAUGGCGGUUGGUUCUCGGGGUCUGACAUCCCAGCGUCAGUCGGUCACUGACAACGGCUACAUUUAUCAGAACGACGAGGCAAGGCUUGGCCCUCCUAUUAUCACAUGUACGCGAUCCUACGGAGCUGAGGCAGAAAGCGACGGUGUUAAAAACGCCCGACGGCCCGACUCCCAGGAGAUACAAGACAGAGAAGAGCAGUUUGAGGACUAUGGUGAGGGGGUAGAUGUAGAUUUCAGCCCCAGCAGUCCGUGCCCAGAAGAAGACAGCAGGACAAACGGCUUCUCAGACCUCGGCUCCUCACUGCCCUCCAGCGGUGGCCACACUCCUCAGAAGAUGCAGCAGCUGUACAACAGUGACCUGCUGGACAUCUACUGCUCUCAGUGCUGCAAGAAAGUCAAUCUCCUCAAUGACCUUGAGGCUCGCCUGAGAAACCUCAAAGCAAACAGCCCUAAUAGGAAGAUUUCCAGCACAGCGUUUGGACGCCAGCUGUUCCAGGCCAACCUCGGUGUUUUUGGCUCCAGUCGGGGAAGCAGCACAGAGGAUUUGUUCACAGACAGCAUUGACUCCUGUGACCUCGACAUCACAGAGAAAGUCAGCUUCCUGGAGAAGAAGGUGACGGAGUUGGAGAGUGACAGUUUGGCCAACAGUGACCUCAAGUCUAAACUCAAACAGGAGAACACCCACCUUGUUCACAGGGUGCAUGAGCUGGAAGAGCAGGUGAGGGAUGCAGAGACGAAGGCUGCAGAGACGCUGGGAGAGGAGAUGAAGAGGCACCGGGAGGCUUCCAGCAAGAUGGAACGAGACAGAAACGCAGAGAUAGACCUGCUCUGCUGCAGGGUCCAGCAGUUAGAAGAAGAGAAUGGAGAGAUGACGAUAAACGUGAGCCGCCUCAAGUCUCAGUCUGAGAAACUGGACCAGGAAAAGCAAAGGAUGACGGACAAACUGGAGGACACUAGUCUAAGGCUGAAAGAUGAGGUGGACCUGUACAGAAAGAUAAUGGAUAAGCUGUGGCACAACCGCCACGAGUUUCAGAAAGAAAAGGAGGCCAUGCAGGAGUUGAUCGAUGAUCUUCGGCGGGAGCUGGAGCAUCUGCAGUUAUUCAAGCUGGAAAUGGAGCAUCCUGGGAAAGGCAAAGGCCUGUCUGAAUAUAACGCCAAGAACAGAGAGACUGAGAUGGAGCUUGAAGUCAGGAGACUGAAACAGGAGAACUUUAAGCUGAGGGACCAGAACGACGACCUUAACGCUCAGAUUCUGAGUCUCAGUUUAUACGAAGCCAAGAACCUCUUUUCCUGCCACACCAAGGCCCAGUGCCUCGCCGCUGAGAUCGACAACGCUUCAAGAGACGAGAUUGUUGAUGCUCUGAAAGAACAGGAAGAGAUCAACCUGCGUCUGCGGCAAUAUAUGGAUAAAAUCAUUCUGGCUAUUCUGGACCACAAUCCCUCCAUCCUAGAGAUCAAGAAUUAAACCUUAGAUGUUAGGACAGACAUUUCUACUGCUGCAGUGACGCUAAUUAGCCAUCAUACCGCCGUCCUGAUCGCUGCUUAUGUGUGAAAGUUCAAAUGAAAGGCGCCGGCCGUCCCUCCAAACUCUGGAUGUCGAUGAUUUCUGCUUCUAUUUGGAUCCAAAACAAAACUUUGACCUAAAAAAACAUCAGGAUUGUUUGCAGAUUUAACUAUGUCCUCAUGCAGACACCUUUUCAGCUGUUAUCCUCUAAUCGCAGCUUCAGAACCUUGUUUUCAUCUUAUUCAGCUAGAGAUGGUUGAUUUAUUGAGGUUCAUAACGAACUUUAGGAGGAAAACCAGCAGAGUCGGACGUUUCCAUUUGUUUCUCAUCAUAACAGCUCGUUCUAUUAUACUAUGAGCCACUGCCAUCUAAUUUAACUCUGCUUACUAUAUAAUUAUUCUAGUUAUUCAAUGUCACAAAUAACAUUUUGUAUUGUAAAUGCAUCUUUCUGACGAGUCUUUAUCUCUGCUUGUUCUCAGCUAGGUCAUCAUUUAGA